UAACUCUAAUUAAAAAGUUUGAUUACAGAUAAAAUAAAGUUGUAAACAUUUUACCCAGAAGAAUUUUUCUUGGGAAACUUGACUCCGGGCUUGAUCACCCCAAUGGCACAAAGGAUCCAACAUGCAGCGUGGUUUUUUUUUUUUUUUUUUUUUUUUUUAUUUAAUCCAGUUGAAAUUGAAAUUGCUUUCUCAUAUUCCGUAUCAAAGCUUCCGCAUGAAACCCUAGAAAUGAGUGCUGCAGGUGGUGCGUUUGGUGGCAACAGGGGGCUUCGUCCAGUGCCUCCCGAAAAGGGGAUAUUCCCAUUGGACCAUUUGCAUUUGUGUGACCUAGAGAAGGUGGAAUAUCUAAAUUGUUUGAAGACUGCUGGCCACCAGUCUGAAAAAUGCAGGCAAUUCUCAAAAAAAUACCUGCAGUGUCGUAUGGAGAGGAACUUGAUGGCAAAACAAGACUUGGCUGAACUAGGUUUUAAGGAAAGUAAUGUAGAAACUCCUGGAGGAAAAGUUACUGAUAGGGUUGUCACUCAAGAUCAAUAAACCCGAAGAAUUAAGAAUGUAUAUUAAUUUCGAGGUAGAGUUUUGGUAAUGCCAUUUUUGCCGUUAUCUUUCCAUUCGUUUGAAAAGUAAUGUCUAAGCAUGCUUUGAGAACAAAAGAUAUCAGUGAACAGAAGAUGGUGGACAGAUUGUCCCAUUCCCUCUUUUAGACUCGUGGCUAUAAUUAUAUGGAUUUUGAUUUUGUUCCUUCAUUGCAAUGAUUAACAAAUUGACUGGGUUAGGCUAGUCAAUUCAAUCGAAAGAUUGAUGAACAA